GACAAUUUUAUCUCUAACUUAUUUGGUCUCAUAAUUUGGCUUUCAAUUAACUUAACCAUCUGAAAACCAUACAGAAAUUGCCUGUGAGCUAUAUGAUAGAAACGUAAAUAUUUGAUCAAAACAUAACAGGUGAUACCUAGUUUUUCUCUCAAAGGCAGGACUCCAACAUCGCAGGUGGAAAAGCAACAAAAGGAACAAGACCAAAGGCAUCAUUUUUACAACAUCCUCAACUAGAUCAUCAUUCAAGAACAUCUCACUGACCAUCUCCAGUGAUGGCAAGCUUACUGACUCAUGAAGCAGUUCAUUCCAUCUCGGAACAGCUCUACUUGUUUGAAGAGUCUUCUUUAUACUAAAUUAAAACUCUCUCCAUGUAAUUUCCACCCAGUGCCAUUUGGAGUUAUGCCAAGAGAAAAGGGAAGAUGAAGGACCGACUUCAAGAACUAAAACAACGAACGAAAGAACUCGAACUCUCUAGAGACAGGCAUGUGCCAACUACAGAAGCGGAGGAACAAGGAAUGUUUCUGCAGCAAGCUGUUAUUUAUGAAAGAGAGCCUGUAGCAGAGAGACAUCUACAUGAGAUCCAGAAACUACAGGAGAGCCUUAACAAUUUGACAGAUGGUGUUCAAAAAUUUGGGCAGCAACAGAAAAGUCUGGUGGCUUCAAUGAGAAGGUUUAGUCUACUUAAGAAAGAGUCUAGCAUUACAAAGGAGAUAAAAACCCAAGCAGAACACAUAAUGAAAGGUUUGGAUAAUUUAGUAAAAGAAGCAAAAAAAUCAGAGGUUGAAAACGGUCCGUCAUCAGUGGUCACAAGGAUACUUAAAUCUCAGCAUGCUGCAAUGUUCCGCCAUUUUCAGCAAACUAUGUUUAUAUACAAUGACACAAUAGCAGCAAAGCAAGAAAAGUGCAAGACGUUUAUUUUCCGUCAGCUUGAAGUUGCUGGAAAAGAUGUACCUGAAGAAGAAGUAAAUGAUAUGCUUCAGCAAGGAAAAUGGGAAGUGUUUAAUGAAAAUGUGCUUACAGAAAUCAAUAUCACUAAAGCACAACUUUCAGAGAUAGAACAGAGACACAAGGAGCUUGUUAAUUUGGAAAAUCAAAUAAAGGAUUUAAGGGAGCUUUUCAUUCAGAUAUCUCUUUUAGUAGAGGAACAAGGAGAAAGCAUCAACAAUAUUGAAAUGAUAGUGAAUGGAACAAAAGAGUAUGUUAACACUACUAAGGAGAAAUUCGGACUAGCUGUAAAAUACAAAAAAAGAAAUCCUUGCAAGGUACUGUGCUGUUGGUGUUGUCCAUGCUGUGGCUCAAAAUAAAGAAGCUAUUUUAGAAAUGUUUCCAGUUGUAGAAUGAUGUCUCACAUUUUAGUAUAUUGUUUUUCUUCCUUU